CUCAUGAAACAUCCAACACUUUACGUGUUGCGUUUAUAUUUUUGUUUUUUGUUGUUACUAUCAGUUUUAGGAACAUUUACCCAAAAUAUGACAUCAGCGAUAAUCAAAAUGUUGAAAAUCUGUGAAUGUCUAAAUAAGAAAUUGGUCCAAUUAAACAGCAAUGUGUCGAACCCUUUCAACAACGGGGAGAUGUUACUGAUGUGCUUUGUAUCUGCGACGUAAAAACAAGUUUUGGACUUCCACACAAAAUUACUUCUUUAGUUAUUUUAUGUUUAAGGAAGUGUGUAGGUCACAUUCUGUAUCAUACAGCUAUGAAUGUUAUAUAUUUAGAACCACCUGUUUAAUUGGAAUCCAGCGACGUCUGUGUCUUCAGUGUCCUAGAACUGUCUAGUUUUUUGUGUUCUGACUUGUAAAACAGGAUGAAUAAGUAAAUGUAAACAUAGCAGUAAUUACCAGGAAGCUCUACAUUUGUUUUAAAAUCACACUAAGAUUGUUAACACUGGCCUCAGUUUAUUGAGAGAUCUGAUUUAGGAUUUACCCUCGUAGCAAGGUUUUUUUAUCAUGUGGUUUCAUUUGGGUCUCUAUUUAAAAAUAACACUAUCUUUGGCAGGAGAAAGACCAGACUCAGAGGAACCAGAGCCAGGGACGUCCAAACCAGCAAGACGACACCACUGCUCCCAGUGUGGACAGUGUUUCAACCACAAAGCACACCUGAAACAACAUGAGAGGAUACACACAGGGGAGAAGCCUUACCACUGCUUCCAAUGUGGAAGGUGUUUCAACCAGUCGGGGGCGCUGAAACGACAUGAGAGAAUACACACAGGAGAGAAGCCUUACCACUGCUCCCAAUGUGGAAAGUGUUUCAACCAUUCGGGGAUGCUGAAAGAACAUGAGAGAAUACACACAGGAGAGAAGCCCUACCACUGCUCACAAUGUGGAAAGUGUUUCAACCGGAGUGGACACCUGAAACAACAUGAGAAAAUACACACAGGAGAGAAGCCGUACCACUGCUCCCAAUGUGGAAAGUGUUUCAACCAUUCGGGGAUGCUGAAAGAACAUGAGAGAAUACACACAGGGGAGAAGCCUUACCACUGCUCCCAAUGUGGAAAGUGUUUCAACCAUUCGGGGAUGCUGAAAGAACAUGAGAGAAUACACACAGGAGAGAAGCCGUACCACUGCUCACAAUGUGGAAAGUGUUUCAACCGGAGUGGACACCUGAAACAACAUGAGAAAAUACACACAGGAGAGAAGCCGUACCACUGCUCCCAAUGUGGAAAGUGUUUCAACCAUUCGGGGAUGCUGAAAGAACAUGAGAGAAUACACACAGGAGAGAAGCCGUACCACUGCUCCCAAUGUGGAAAGUUUUUCAACCAGAGAGGAAACCUGAAACGACAUGUGAGAAUACACACAGGAGAGAAGCCUUACCAAUCCUCCCAGGGUGCAAACCAUUUGCCCAUUUAGGAAGCCUGAAAGAACACAUUAGACUGCACACAGAGAAGAAGGCUUAGAAACGCUCAGACUGUGGGAAAACAUAUUACUCAUAAGUCACUUAAACAUCAUGAGAGAAUCCACACAGGAGAGAGAAAUUACUUCUCUUAGCGUGUAUGUUGAUAUUUCACAUCACAUGACUUAAAAUUCAUCAGAGAACAUACACAGUGCUCCUGUUGUCUUAUAUUGUUGACUGACAAUGUGUUUACCUGUCUUUACCAUAUGUAAUUAAAUGUUACAGGGUAUACUCAAACAUAUAUUUGUUUGUUUUUAUUAGAAAACAUGAAGUGAAUAUGGAGUCUGUCAGUUUGAAUAUAAAGAAGAUCAGGUUCCUUCUUUUAAACUGUCCUUUUUUUAAACUCUGACUGUGUGUUUAUCUGGGUGUGUCAUUCCUCCAGCACUACAGAUAAUCAAGUGAUAUUUGGAUGUAAUGCAUUAGUUCCAUUGUUGACAUUUGCAUUGUAGCCCACUGAUGAUUUAAUGACAUGAAAAUGUUCAGACUCUGUAAUGGAAAAUGUUAAUUGUUUGUGUGUCCACAUAACUGAGUAUGUGACUAACCUUGUGAAACUGUAUUAUAAGCUCCUGUUCUUGGGAGUAUCAUCCUGUGUUGCAAACCAAUUUGCACCUGUGUCCUUGUAUGAAUAAAGUCCCGCCCAGGAACAGGAAACUAUAAAGAUAUGUGCUAAUCACUCAAUACUUCAGGAAUUCCGACGGUCUACACUGCACUGUGUAACUCUGUUAUUCUCUCUGAGCUCAGAAAUAAAGAAUCUUGGUUUGA